CGUUUUCGUUUUUUCAUUUCAAACGAAAAAACGAACUGCCUGAAAAUACACGAACCGGCUCGUAAGAGCUAUAGGCCUGUAACUUUUUACCUACCUUAUUCUUACUUGGCUUUACUAUCGGAACAACGACUGAAUGUUUCCAACUGCAGGGCAAUUCCCCUUGUUCCCAUACUUUAUUAUAUAACUUUAAAACUACUCCUUUAGCAGCAUCUGAUAACUGUUCAAUCAUCUUAUAGCAUAUGCCAUCUUUCCCUGGAGAUGUAUUCUUGACUCCAAUCAAAGCUCUAUUCAUUUCAAACAAUGUAAAAUCUUUAUCUAAAACACCUCCAUCUAUCUAUUUCCUAUUUAAAAUUUCUUUACUAUCUUCAAUCAUUUUCAAUCUCCAUGAUAAUUCUUCAUGUGAUAAGUUUUAAGAACUAUGCACUUUCACAAUGGACCUACCAAACAUCUCUGCUUUUUCCUUCCGGAGUUUAGCUCAAGGUUGAUCCGAUUUAUGAACGCUACUGUCGGCCAGCGGUUCUCCACCGCUCCCGGCCCAAGCGCUCGAAGGUUCAACAAAUUACCGAACCAAACACUCCUGUCAAACAAAUGUUAAUAAAUGCCUUGAAUUGUGGCCAACUGACUAAUUGUCAGUGCUAAUUUAUACUUUUACAUGAGACACAAUAUCCUCUAUUAAAUUUUAAAGUCAUAUAUAAUAUUUUAAAUAAUUUUAAUAUUAAAUAAUAUAAUGUUUUCUUCAAUAGCUUCCAAGUCAUCUGACCUAUUUACUCAGAAUCACUUUGAAAUCUUUCUAUUAGGCUGUAUAGAUGAGGCACAGUCAUUUGUUUUCCAUUUCAAGUCCUUUUUCUUUUUUUAGGAUUUUUUUUUGUGUCAAAAUUGAGGGCCAUUUACGCAGUUUGUGUAAAUACUCUUCUUCUCGUUAGUCUUCGAGACGUACUUGCACGCUAUCGCGCCCCCUGUGGUCACAGAAAAUGAUGGGUCAAAAAGUUUGGUGUAAGAUCACAGUACAGAAGGAGAUUAAGGGGAAAGAAGGAUAAGGAAGAAGAUUAAUUAUGCCUUUAAUUGGUAAACAUUUUUCGUUUUCUACUAGUUAUAGAAUGUUGUGGGUGGUAGUGAUGGCAGUUACUUUAAAAAAGUAACCUUAAUCAGAUUACUGAUUACUCCUUGAAAAGUAAAUUAGUUACUUAACUGAUUACUUGAUUUGGAAAGUAACUAAGUUAAAUUACAAGUUACUUUAUUAGUUACUUUCAGUAGCUGCUGACAACAACCUUCUGUCACCUCAAUAUAAAAAUUAUAUUGAGCUUUGCCAGUACUGACUUAAUUGUAAGUUAUUUUAUAAUAACUAACAAUGUAUCUCCACUUAUAAGGUUGAACUGAAGGGGAGAGUGUUUGUUUAAUGGAUAGUCCAAAAAAAAGAAAAGACAAGAAAAAAGACUGUAGUGACUUUUGCGUGUUUUGCAUGUGAUGUCAGUAAUUACACUGGUGGGUGGGGGAGCCCAUCUAAAAUGAUUCUAUCCAAGGCCCUGGCAAGAGUACCAGGUGGCCUGAACUCAUCUUCCCAUGAAUUUUCUCCUUGUCCGUAGGCAGGAUCAUUUUCUUAAUCAGAGAGGAAAAUUGCAUGUGAAUGUCUUAUAAAUAUAUUUUAAAGGGGCGUCUCUGUGGAUGAGUCUAGCGUUCCCUCUUGUGUGCUCAGUUCAUGUUAACUGGAAUGUAAAGGUGAAUGUGGUUGGAUUUAUGAUUAUGCACAGUUUCAGACAUCUGGGUUACUUUUUGCCUUCACAUAUUUGUAAACAUACGGUCUUUGUACAUAAGUACAAAGGAGAUUUAUCUGUUUCUACGUUUUUAUGAUCGAAUUCCAAUGCCACAGAUGGCUUCUUACGUCAUCUUGUGUUCGCCGGUGGUAUUGUGUCUGUGGGAGGAGACUAAAACCUCCGUGUCGGAUUCACUAAAAAACAAUGUGUCAUGGCAUGGGUUAGGAGUUUCGACUCUUAGCUGGGUGCUGGUGUGGAGCAGACGCCGCUGGAGACCAACUGACGCCUCAAACCUACAAAGAGACACGAAUAAAGCAGAAGACCAGAGCGCGACGGCCUGCAGCCGGAGGGUUUCAGAAGAUUGCAGUAUAGGUGGGACUUAUUCAGGUGUUGAAGCUAUGGGUCUAUUAUGGAGCCUCCAGCCAGUUCCAGGCAGCAAACCAGGACUCAGGAUGAGGAAGAAGAAUGUCCAGGCCCCCAUGGUGGUCACCAUAUCUGUCUACAGCAGUCACCUGACAGAGGGCUUUGGGGAUCAGGUCCCGCUGGCCGGUGUAGAAGUGGAGCGGUGGUACAUGGCUCCUGGUGUCCAGAGGAUCCCAGUUACAGAGGAUGGACUCACUGCAACCCUCUUCCUGCCUUCAGGUAGGACUAGAACCAGUCUAGAUGGACUAGAAGCAGGAUAGUUGGUAACAAAAGUAUUCACACCUCUUAAAAUUUUUCCUCUUAUUAAUGCAGCCGCAAACCUUGAAGUAUUGAAAUUAAAGUAAAAAUUGAAACUUAGCUCAUAAUGAGAUGGUGGAUGAAAAAGGAAAAAUAGACUUUGAAAUGUUUGUCUGUGCCCUGUUUAUUUAAUAAUGCUAAAUAAAUUUCAGUGCUGUCAGGUGGCUGCAGAAGCCAUUUAAUCACUAAGCAGAGUUCACCUGUGUGUCAUGUAACCAAGAGCCAAGAGCAGAUGUUCCGUUAACAGAACGGAAAUUUUUAUAUUUCAAUGGAAAUAUGCAAUUUCCGUUGAAAUAUAAAAAUUCAACAUUUCUGUCAACAAAGAUUUGCGUCAUAGCCUGUGACACCCCAG